AUGUUUGAAGAAGCGGAAUCUGAUAUUGGACUGGUUAAUCUGUCACGAUCUUCAUUUUCCCCACCCUUUGCGAGUCCGCUGAAGUCUCCGUCGUUACCGAACGUGAACUUCACAGUGGAGGCAUCAUCACCUCUGGAGCGACCUGCCAUUGCGCGUUCAAACACUCAGCCGAAAUUCGAACAAUGCAACGUGAACCAUGGCAGCCUGUUGAUGGAGCCUUCGAAGGUCGCAGGGCUUCGACGAUGGAUAUCCGCUCUGGUAGUAGGAAAGACCGUCUUCCUCGACUUUGACUUGGAAGUGGGUCCCAAGAUACGCAAUGUUUACCCACCGUUAGGCUUCACCCUAUCCGAAGAGGAGAAUAUAGCGUUCUCGUCUUUUCCGGAUGCACCGCAUACCGAGGAAGGUUCCCAGAUCCACUCGUUCCGAAUUCGAGCACACGAAAGUCUUGAGGGUGUACUUUCGCACCAGCGCCCAGUAACGGAGGAUGGAUUUAUUUACGGGUAUUCGCACUUCACUCAACGAAAGGAUAACACGUCGAAGCGAGGCUACCAGCAGCGUUCGCUCGUCCUUCUUUCUCAUCUACCCUACCCAUCUUUGUUUUAUGCUCUCCUUACCAAGCUAGGGCCAUCUUUCCUCGCACACGGCGGGUCCGUGCUCGAAGUUGCUUGCCACAACAUUGCGAAGUGGCCAAACCCAUGUCCUGAUGCGACCCUGGAGCUUGGUUUCCUAGGGGCUGUCCUCCAAGUGGAGCUUCCUCACAGCAUUGACACACAACAACUGCCCAUCACAAGGUCUACAGUUCGACAGAGUGUUGAAAUGAUCCUUCCAUCGCUUUCUCCUGCCGAGCCACCGAUUAUUUCUCUAUAUGAGGCUUCUCUUCAACAUUUGUGGUCCAUCUGGGAGUGUCUCAUCCUCUGUGAGCCGAUCCUAGUAUAUGCGCCCUCCCCCGCUAUGACGAGCCAAGCCAUCUGGUGGUUACGUGAUCUUCUACGCCCGAUCCCACUCGCAGGCGACUUCCGACCGUUUUUCACAAUCCAUGAUGCCGAUCACACCGUCCUCGUUAAUCCCCGUCCCCCACAAGCGGGGCUUCUCCUCGGGGUCACGAAUCCUUUCUUUGAUCGAGCAUGCAAGCACUGGCCGCAUGUCCUCAGCCUUGGUCGACUGCCUCCAAAGAAAUCUGGGACCGGUAAGGAUUCAAGAGAGGAUACUGCCAUAGGUCCUUCACCGGGGUGGACGUCUCGGACCCACAAACGAUACAUCUCUCGGGAUCGCGCUCUCUUGCAACAAGUGCAGGAUGCAUGCCGUGGCUCGGAUAUAUCCAAGAGACGAGCUUCGGCCAUGCUCCAUCAACAUUUCUCCUCUCGCACAGCCGCAUUCCUCGUUCCCCUUCAACGAUACCUGCAAACUCUUAUACCCACACCAUCAGAAUCAGCUCGCGCACUCGCGAGAUUUCCCGCAUUUGCGCCCAUGUCCAUCCCAGACAUCAACGUCCCAGCAUCUCCCGUAUCCAGUACAUCCACCUCACCGUCUCCGACCCCUUCUACAUCACCGUCUCCUUCACCCGCUCCAUCUACACUCUCGUCUGCUGUCACACCCACGCCCUACCAUACCACCCCUACCGCGAACGUGCAUAUAACUACGAAUACACACGCGGCUCCCCGCGAGGUGCCUCUGCGGCUUAAGCCGUUUAGCGAACGCGCGUUUCUCGCGUCGCUAAGCGCGCACGGUGCUACCAAGCCGCUCCCGUUCAAGAGCUCGGGGAAGGCGCGCGAGUUCUACAAGCGCUGGCUGCGCUCGCCUGCGUUCGGGGUGUGGAUUGCGAGACAGGAGGAGAUCGUACAACGCGUGCUGAAUGGGAAGGGGGGAUGA